AUGGGAGGCGGCAAUGGACAGAAAUCUGCAGCCAAGCGUGAUCGUAACAAUGCUAAGAAGAUGAAGGAGGCUAAGAAUAAAAACCACGCCGAGUCAAAGGCCAAGAUGGAAGCAGAUCGUACUGGACUCAAGUGCAAAAUCUGCAUGACCACGUUUCUCAUAACAGCCAAUCAAAAGCAGUUAAACGACCACUUUGAGAGCAAACACUCGGCUAAGGGCUUUACUUUUGAGCAGUGCUUUCCAUAA